ACGGGAAAUGAAAUGACAUUUCUGUCACGCGGAACGUGUGGAACGAAGAGGGGGAACGGUUGUAGCGGACAUUGUUUUCUUUCGCAUGUAGGCCUUUCUCGAUUCGUGUCAAAAUGGCUAGAGGUCCAAAGAAGCACUUGAAGCGUUUACACGCGCCGAAAACAUGGAUGCUGAACAAGCUUGGUGGUGUGUUCGCUCCUCGACCUAGCAGUGGACCUCACAAGUUGCGAGAAUGUAUUCCACUAGUUGUAUUUUUACGUAACAGGCUGAGGUAUGCCCUGAACAACACAGAAGUGACUAAAAUUUUAAUGCAGAGACUUAUCAAAGUUGAUGGCAAAAUCCGGACUGACCCAACCUACCCAGCAGGUUUCAUGGAUGUCAUCAGUAUUCCAAAAACAGGAGAAUUUUUCAGAUUGAUCUAUGACGUCAAGGGACGCUACACAGUGCACCGAAUCACCUCUGAAGAAGCACAGUAUAAAUUAUGCAGAGUGAAGGCACGUUCAACAGCUCAGAAAGGUGUUCCUUACAUUGUUACACACGAUGGGCGCACCAUUCGCUAUCCUGAUCCUCUCAUCAAAGUGCACGAUUCUGUUCAAUAUGAGAUUGCGACUGGAAAAAUCUUGGAUUACCUUAAAUUUGAAACAGGAGCCCUUUGCAUGAUCACUGGAGGUCGUAACUUGGGUCGAGUUGGUGCAAUCGUGAACCGAGAAAGGCAUCCAGGAUCAUUCGAUAUUGUCCACAUCAAAGAUACAGCUGGUCACGUUUUCGCAACUAGGUUACACAAUGUGUUUGUCAUCGGCAAAGGUAGCAAAGCUUACAUCUCUCUACCGAAGGCCAAGGGUGUGAAGUUAAGUGUUGCUGAAGAAAGAGACAAACGGUUAGCAGCCAAAGCUGCCAAACGUUAACUUUGUUCUUACAUUUAAUUUUGUUAAAUAAAUUUUUUAUCGUGUGAUAAUUUUUUUA